AACAUUCGGGGUUUUAUAUUGUUUACCCAUUUUAUGCAAGAAGUUCAAUCAAGAAAAACCCACCAAAUUCCAUUUUUGUUUUGAAGAAAAUAGCCACCAAAAUUGGAAAAUAAUAUCAGGGUUCAGGGUUUUUGGCUUUGAAAAUUCAUCCAGAUUCUGAUUCUUCUGAACUCCGAUCUUAGCUCAGGAAUUUAACUUUGAUUAAUCCAGAAAAAAACAAAGAGAUGUCUUUCCGACAAGCAGUUUCUAAAUUGUGUAAGGAGCUACUAAAUUCUGCUCCGAUGCGUAUCAAACCCUACAAUUCUUGCCCAAUCGCAGGAAAGUUGAUAGUUUCCAAAUACGAUUUUGGAGGCCAUUCGUCGAGUAAUCACCGACGUGAAGUAUUUCAAUGGGUUAUUCUUUUUGGACAAGCUGCGAUUAUUCUCGGGACGUGUUCCACGCCUUCAUUGGCAGAAGAUGUUUCGACUGGAUCAAGUUCCGAAAAUGGCUCUAGUGGCUUUCGUAAAAUCGAGGAUGCAUCAAUGAUAUCGAACGAGCAUACAUCUAAAUGGAGAGUUUUUACCGAUAACGGAAGGGAUUAUUUUUCCCAGGGAAACAUCGAGCAAGCUGAAAUAUUUUUCCGAUCUGCACUACAAGAAGCUAAAGAAGGCUUUGGAGAACGAGAUCCUCAUGUUGCAUCUGCGUGUAAUAACCUGGCUGAACUCUUCCGAGUGAAGAAGGACUUUGCGAGUGCGGAACCGUUGUACGUCGAGGCCAUUAAUAUACUAGAGGAGCAUUUCGGAACAGACGACGUAAGAGUUGGGGCUGCCCUUCACAAUCUCGGUCAAUUCUACCUCGUACAGCGUAAAUUGGAAGAUGCUCGUGUCUGCUAUGAGCGUGCUAUGAAGAUAAAGCGCCGUGUAUUAGGAGAAGCGCACACCGACUAUGCCGAUACUAUGUACCAUCUAGGGACCGUUUUGUAUCUCCAAGGGAAAGAGAAAGAUUCCGAGGAUCUAAUUGCGGAUUCUAUACGAAUACUCGAGGCUGCCGGCCAAGGAGAAUCUAUCCUAUGUAUCAGAAGAAUGCAAUAUCUUAUUCAGAUGUACACCAAAUCCAGUCGAUUUGCCGAGGCUGAGAUUUUAUUGAGAAAGAUUCUGCAUACGAUGGAAUUAUCGAAGGGAUGGAAAUCGUUGGAUACUGUUGUUGUAGCUGAACGACUUGCAUUGACCCUCGAAACAGCAGGUAGAUUAAACGAAGCAGAAGAACUAUUAGAGAGAUGUCUUGAUGCUCGGAAAAACUUACUUCCCGACGACCAUAUUCAGAAUGCUGCCAACAUGCUUUACAUUGCUCGAGUAAAGAUGCUCGUAUCCAACCAGCUAAUGAAGACGGACAGUUCUCGAGCUGUGGCGGAGCUUGAUAUCGCCAAAAAUCUUUUGCGCAGUUCAAUAAGGGUAGCUCGACGAGUUCUUGUUCGACUUUUGGAAAAGAAAGGAAACAGAGAACCGAUUGGAGGACUCAGAAAAACGGGCAAAGAUGCGCAAUCAGCAGCCCUUAUACUACUACAAUCGCUCAAUGCUCUCGGGUCACUGGAGAUCAUGAAACUGGAAUUUCUCGGCUCGAGGGAGUAUAUUCCAGCUGAGGCUGAUGCAGCUCUUCGACAAUGCAUUUCUACUUUUAAAGAGUUUGGAGAUCAACAUUCAAUAUCCGAUUCUCCUCAAGUAAAAGCCGAGUAUCUGUCGUGUUUAAGGCGCCUCGAUUAUCUGUUGUGCAAUGGCUUGACAAGUGAAAUAGGUGCGGCGAAAGAUAUUAAGGACGAAAUUCGGCGCGUUGAAGGUGAAAUAUCGAAGGCUGGAAAAACCCGAAGUUGAAUUGAGUUCUGUGAAAGUCAAUUUCUUUCGUCGAAAUAAAACCCGAAAUCCGCAUUUAUCUUUUUUUUUUUUUUUUUUUUUUUUUUGGCUACAUUUUAUUAGAUAAUUUAGUGACUUUUGUUAGUAUGGUAAACUGUAAUGUACCAUCGGCACCCGGUGUGGACUUCAUCUGAUGUAACAUUAAAUUAACUAGUAUUGCAAAUAAUAAAAUUCGGAGACUCGGUCACUUUAUUUA